GAACCCCUGCGCUGUGAUUGGCCGAGCGCACCAAACAGACGCCCUCACCGCAGCCAAUGGGAGGCCGCCGUGAAUCUUUACCCACGUCCUCCCACGUAUGUCGUCACGAAAGAAUCCGCAGCCCUCGCGCGGACGCUGUUCACUCCUGCGGGACCGUCUCACCAGGAGCCACGCGCUUUCCCCCCUGUAUAUUUUCGUCUUUGAAUCCAAGGCUUUUUGGACAAGUCACCAGGAUAAGCCAUGCCGUCAGUUCCUUCCACCAACGAGACUGCCGUCAAAGGCCCAGUGUGCCCUCACGCUACCAAGCUGCACAACCACAGUAAUGGAGAUGCCAAACUGCGGGAGGGCUCGUUCCCGCUGAACGGGGUGGACAAGAAACCCUUGGGUGUGGACACAGAGGAGUCGCACAAAACCAUUCAGAUCAGCACAAAGAACGCCUCACCCGAGAGGAAGUGGAUCCGGCCCGACCUUCCCAGCCGCUGCAAAUGGACCCUGGGAGCCUCGGGAGCCGAAUCUCCUCACACGCAAGUUCCAAGAAAUGUCGCCCCAACCAUUCUCCCAAACAUCCUACACAGGAUCGGCGACACUCCCUUGGUACGCAUCAACAAAAUCCCCAAACUGUUUGGACUGAAAUGUGAAAUACUGGCCAAGUGUGAGUACUUUAAUGCCGGUGGCAGCGUGAAGGACAGGAUCAGCCUGCGGAUGGUGGAGGACGCUGAGAGAGCCGGGCUCCUCAAGCCUGGAGACACUAUUAUAGAGCCAACCUCUGGAAACACCGGUAUUGGAUUGGCCCUGGCUGCAGCAGUGAAAGGUUACCGCUGCAUUAUUGUCAUGCCAGAGAAAAUGAGCAUGGAGAAGGUGGACGUGUUGAGAGCUCUCGGGGCCGAGAUCGUCCGCACUCCCACCAGCGCUCGCUUCGAUUCGCCAGAGUCUCAUGUGGGCGUUGCCUGGCGCCUCAAAAACGAGAUCCCCGACUCCCACAUUCUGGACCAGUACCGUAACCCGAGCAAUCCACUGGCUCACUACGACACCACCGCCGAAGAGAUCUUGGAGCAGUGUGGAGGUAAAGUGGACAUGCUGGUGGCAGGAGCAGGCACAGGGGGGACGAUCACAGGUAUUGCCCGCAAACUGAAGGAGAGAUGCCCCAACGUCAAGAUUGUUGGUGUCGACCCAGAAGGCUCCAUCCUGGCUGAGCCUGAUGAGAUUAACAAGACCGAUAAAACCCAGUAUGAGGUCGAGGGCAUCGGGUACGACUUCAUCCCCACUGUGCUCGACAGAUCAGUGAUUGAUACCUGGUACAAGUCCAAUGACGAGGAGUCCUUCAACAUGUCCCGUAUGCUGAUCAGAGAUGAGGGUCUGCUGUGCGGAGGCAGCUCUGGAACGGCCAUGGCAGCUGCGGUUAACGUCGCCAAGGAUUUAAAGGAGGGGCAGCGCUGCGUGGUCAUCCUGCCCGACUCCAUCCGCAACUAUAUGUCCAAAUUCUUGAGUGAUAAGUGGAUGGUAGAUAAGGGUUUCCUGCGGGAGGAGGACCUCAUGGUGAAGAAGCCAUGGUGGUGGAACUUGAAGCUGCAGGGUUUGAACCUGUCGGCCCCCCUCACUGUGCUGCCGACCGUCAGCUGCCAGAAGACAAUCAAAAUCCUCAAGGACAAGGGAUUCGACCAGGCUCCCGUCGUGGAUGAGGCUGGGUUAAUUCUAGGUAUGGUGACUUUGGGGAACAUGUUGGCCUUGAUUCUGGCAGGGAAGAUCAAGGUGUCAGACCCAGUCAGCAAAGUACUCUACAAGCAGUUCAAACAGAUCCGUCUGACCGAUAACUUGGGAAAGGUGUCCCGGAUUCUGGAGACAGACCACUUUGCCCUGGUUGUACAUGAACAGAUCCAAUACUUGACAGACGGCUCUCCCAGCCUGAAGCAGAUGGUGUUUGGGGUGGUGACGGCUGUUGACCUGCUCAACUUUGUCACAGGGCGGGAAAGGAGGGAGCGAUCCAUGUCAGAGUCGAGCUGUGAUUGACAAGCUGAAACAUACACAACAAACAUUGCACCACGUUUAGUAGCCUUUAGUGUCUGAGGGAUGAUGAAAUCAUUUUAAGCUGAGCUAUUGAUUGAGGUUAGCUAAUUUCUUUCCAUUUUUUAGAAAAUUAUUUUUUUUUAUGUUUAAAUUUAAGUCUUACAAUAUAAUAAGCAAAUUAUGUUGUGCCACUUGGUCGUUUUAUGAUAUUUCCUAUUUGGGGCACUACUUAUUAUAGAUGCUAGUAGUGCUCAAAGCAAUAUUUUGUAAGUUCAGAAACUUGCUUUUUCUUUUGUAGCCUUGAAAAGAGGCCUCCUUAUUCGUCUAUUUGUUGAAGUACGUGACUGUUUCUUUACGGCCUUGUGUACCAAUCAAACAUUAGAAAUAAUAGAAGACCUUCAUCUCAUAUAUCAAGUUUAGACAACUAAACAGUUGCUGUAUAUAUAAACUUAUGAUUUCCAGUGUUGCUCACUAUGUGCUGCUUUUUCAUUUGAGUAUGUGUACACAGGAUGGAAUACAUUUGGGGCAUAAUCGCAUUUCUUUCAACGGCCAUGCAGUGGUGUUCCCCGCUCCGUUUUCAACUCAGUGCCUGCGAUGUUACUUUAAAGUGACUGUUGAAUCUUAGCUGUGUCUAGGAUAACCACUUUGUAUUGCAUCAGGUUUCCCUCAUGAAUGUGUAUGAUACAAUAAAAUUUAAAGAAAGUCUCUGAA